GCUAAGCGUCACCGUUGAAGGUGGUGUGAGGUUCAGAGCGUCUCUGACUGCAGGCUGUUGGCAGUGAAACAGAGCAGCUCUGUGGAUGAAGGAGAAACCGGCGGCUCUUCAGAUGGAGCAUUUCAGCCUCAGGUCACGUUUGCUUGGAUUAUUCCUCCUGAUCACCCAAAGCCAGUGUCCCACCAGCGCUGGAGAUGUCGCCAAACCCAACUUUGUGCUCAUGAUGGUUGAUGACCUGGGCAUAGGAGAUGUCGGCUGCUAUGGGAACGAUACGAUCAGAACCCCAAACAUCGACAGGCUGGCGCUGGACGGGGUCAAGCUGACCCAGCACAUCGCCGCUGCUCCACUGUGCACCCCCAGCAGGGCCGCGUUCCUCACCGGCCGCUACGCUUUGCGCUCAGGCUUGGGCAGCACAGGAAGAGUGCAGGUGAUCUUGUUCCUCGGUAGUUCAGGAGGACUUCCCGCCAACGAGACCACGUUUGCUAAACUCCUGCAGAAGCAGGGAUACACUACAGGCCUCAUAGGAAAGUGGCACCUGGGCGUGAGCUGCAGCAGCAGGAAUGACCACUGCCACCACCCCAACAACCACGGCUUUGACUACUUCUAUGGGCUCCCCUUCACUUAUUUCAACGACUGUAAGCCUGGAGAGGGCAAAGAUGUUCUGGUUGACCUGCAGGUGAUGCUGUGGCAGAUGUCCAUGCUGGUGGGCGUAGGCCUGCUGACCCUGGUCCUGGCGCGGGCCACUGGACUGUUGGAGGUCAGUGUGAAGGUGCUGGUGUUUUUGACCGCUCUCUGCCUGCUGGGCUUCACGGUGUGGUACGUACCUUUUGAGUCCGUGAAAACCUGGAACUGCAUCAUCAUGCGCAAUGAGCAAGUGGUGGAGCAGCCCAUGGAGCCGGACGCGCUGCCUGGAAAGCUCAUGAAGGAGGCCGAACAGUUUGUGGAGAGGAACCAGAACAGGCCCUUUCUGCUGUUCCUGUCGCUGGCACACGUCCACACGCCACACUUCAUUUCCAGAGAGUUUUUCGGGAAGAGCAGACAUGGCCUGUACGGAGACAAUGUGGAGGAGAUGGAUUCCAUGAUCGGCAGGAUGGUGAAGACUAUAGAAAGACUAAACCUCGCUGAUCGGACUCUGAUGUACUUCACCUCGGAUCACGGCGGUCACUUAGAAGAUUCCAGUGAACGUGGCCAGAGAGGAGGCUGGAACGGCAUCUAUCGAGGUGGUAAAGCCAUGGGGGGCUGGGAGGGAGGCAUCCGGGUGCCUGGAAUAUUCCGCUGGCCAGGUCGUCUGCCCGAGGGCCGGGUUGUGGACGAACCCACAAGUCUGAUGGAUGUUUACCCCACUGUGGUGAAGCUAGCAGGAGGACAGCUGCCCCAGGACAGAGUUUUGGAUGGUCAUGAUCUGAUGCCGCUGUUGGAGGGGAAGACGGAGCGCUCCGAACACGAGUUCAUGUUUCAUUACUGCGGGAUUUACCUCAACGCCGUACGCUGGCAUCCCCCCGGCAGUGACUCGGUCUUUAAAGUCCAUUUCUUCACUCCAAACUUCUUGCCGCCUGGAGCCGGAGGCUGCUACCACACCAAGAUAUGUUUGUGCCACGGUGAAUUCGUCACCCACCAUGACCCUCCGCUGAUGUUCGACUUGUCCCGGGACCCCUCGGAGAGCAUCCCGCUGACGGCUGUGACAGAGCCCCGCCACGCCGAGGUGCUGCGGAGGGUCCGGGAGGCCGUGGAGGAACACCAACAUACUCUGAGUCCAGUGGAGAAGCAGCUGUCCUGGGCAAACAUCCUGUGGAAGCCGUGGCUGCAGCCGUGCUGUGGAACGUUCCCCUUCUGCUCCUGCACCGAAACCAACAUCACGGCACACACACAGUAAGGGAUAUUAUAGAUCGGAAACAACAGCCGGUUUUCCUCUUUUGCACAGAGUGUGUCUUUUAUGUGGUGAAUUGUCUUUUUCUAUGACUCUGAAGAACUAAAUAUUACAUUUUAAUUAAAAUUUUAAGUUCAAGGGCAUUUAUCAGUUUAAAUUCAAGUGACUCAUUAAAAAAUAUGAAGCAGCAUAAAGAAGAAACACUGACAUGUCAGUUUUGAAUUUUGUUUAUUAAUAUGGUUUCGUAGUGAUUGAAUUACAGGAAUACGGUGCUGCCUGAAAGUUUGGGUUUGCUGUAUCGUUUGAAGUCGUAACAGUAGAUGAAGAGAAUCCAGUAUUGCACAAACAGUGAUGAAGGUUUUCAUCCACUUACUGAACAAAGUGAUGCAACAUUUAAAUGUUUUUGUUGUGAACCUCCUAGAAUGGCCAGUUUGGUAUAGACCAGAGGUCACUAAUAGGCGGACUGCGGUCCGAGUCUGGACCCAGACGCUGCCCUAUGUGGACCUGGUCCUGUAACCGAUAAGCUAUGGAGAAUUAUUUGGUUCUAUUUUAAUCAGCGUAACUUUUCUAGCCUUUAUGGUGCUGCUUUAGUGGCCGGAGACUCACAGACCAAUCACAUGCGCUGUAAAUAUCACAUGUGACG